CUUAUUAAUAUAUGGCCUAAUCAAAGUCCUUCGACACCUUUUAAUAAUUGCUAUUGCAGUUAUGUAGGAGUUAUUUGCAAUAUCUUAAAUGAAAUUACAGAAUUAAAUCUUAGUAGUCUUAAUAUGUCUGGAGAGUUACCUUCAAGCAUUGGACAUUUAUCGGUCUUAACUCGUUUAAACUUAAGCAAUAAUCGACUAGUUGGACCAAUUCCCAAUUCCAUUGUAAAAUGUUUUUAUCUAAUAAGCAUUGACCUUAGUGGCAAUAGUUUUACUGGAAAUAUACCUCAACUCAUAGGCGUCUUAUACAACCUUCAGCAUCUGAAUUUUAGCUCCAACAACUUGAAUGGUAGCAUACCACUCAGUAUCGAGCAUUGCAUUGAUUUACGUGUAUUAGAUUUUCAUUCUAAUAACUUGAGCGGGGACAUUCCCCUUGGCAUCAGCGAACUUAGACGCCUAGUUGUUUUAAAUCUUAGUUACAAUCAAUUAAGUGGUAUUAUGCCAGACAUUUUUCAGAAUGAUCUAGUGAAUUUAAACUUAAGUAGAAAUUAUCUAUAUAGUCAUAUCCCUAAAACUAUCAGAAGCCCCAAAUUGGAAACCUUAGAUCUAAGUUAUAAUCGUUUUUACGGAUUUGUCCCCUCAUCCCUUGGAAAAUGCUUUCAGCUAAAAACCAUCAAUCUUCAAUUUAAUUGGCUAUUUCCAAUUAUUCCAAGAUCAGUUUCAUCCUUACCAAAUUUAAUUAAAAUUAACAUGCCAGAAAACCAUGAUGCGAUUAACUUUAACUAUAACCGGAAAUAUAUAACGGUCGAAUGAAAUUUACUUCUAGAUAUUUUGUAUCAAUAUACACAGCAGCCAUAUUUGCAACAAUUCGCCAUAUCAUGUAUUUGAUGUUGUGCUUAUGGUCCCUAGUACUAUUACAUUAAUUUUGAAUUAGAAGUAUGAGGUAGUAUUUGUAAAUAUGACGAUUCCCUAGCAAACCUUUCAACAUUAA